GGCUACCUCGCGCAUCAAGACUACACCACAACCAAUUUCGGUGAUUAUACUACUCGGACUGAACUGCAAGACUUCACUACGUCGAACUUCACUAUGCAAACUCGCGAGCAACGAGACGACGUUCUAGACACCUUCAAGCAAACCAUCGCCCGGCUCAAAAGCACGGGCAGUGGCAAGAGUCUCGGUGGAGCGGCCCUUGCAGAAGCCAAGAAGGCAGCGGAAGCUAGGGUUGCUGAAAGGAGACGUGAAGAGCAUGAGCCAGUUGAUAGGUCCAUGGUCGAUGACUCGCCGGACAAGGCAUCUUCGACUGUUCAUCACCGCACUCUGGACACAGAGAAGGUGAAUAUGCAGAAAUCAAGCAAACGCUUGAGUCUGUCUGAUCUCACUGGACCGCCGAAGACCGGGGAACAUCGCGUCCAACCGUCGACAACCGAGAUCCAAACUAUCUCCGGGACCUCGGAUCAGAGGACCGAAGUGGCUCGUCCUCUGAUCGCCAAUGUCACUGCAACGCCGAAUUCACCGCGAAGUGGAAAACGUGUCCCAAGCCUUAAUCUACCUUCCGGGCCCGUGUUCAGCAAACCGCCCCUUUCACCAAGUCGACCUUUGGGGGUAAAGGAAUUCACUUUCAAUUCAGUCGCAUCGGCUG